AUUUAAAAUACUCCCACAAUUAUGCCGUUAACGCAACUGAGAGUUUAGCCAGUUGUCAGUGUUUGCUGUUGCUUUUAAUCUCUAUGUUUACUCCUAGUAUUUCCCUGUCUUUGAAUUUAUAACUUAGUCUUCAUUUUUCAAAAUGCCCAAAGGAGGUAAGAAGGGGGGUCACAAGGGUCGAAUGCGGACGUACACUAGCCCCGAGGAGAUAGAUGCCCAGAUGAAAGCAGAGAAGGAGAGGAGAAAGCAAGAGCAGGAACAAGAGGAGGCGGGAGAGGGUGCAGCUCAGAAUGAAACAUCAGAGGAGAAGUUACCAGGGUCUGGUUCAGAGGACAGCGACGAUGAAGAUUCCCUGAGGAGGAGAGCAGGUGUGGAGGGCUUAAUAGAAAUUGAGAACCCCAACAGAGCGGCUCAGAAGUCCAAGAAGGUGACGCAGAUCGAGCUGGACGAGCCCAAACAGUUAUCCAGGAGGGAGAGGGAGGAGAUCGAGAAGCAGAAAGCGAAGGAGCGCUAUAUGAAGAUGCACCUGGCAGGGAAGACGGACCAGGCCAAAGCUGACCUCGCUCGCCUCGCCAUCAUCAGAAAACAGAGAGAGGAGGCGGCCAAAAAGAAGGAAGAGGAGAAAAAAGCAAGAGAAGCAGCAGCGGCAGCCGCCAGAGGAGUCAACUCGCUCUCUCUGAAAUGAUGCAGAGGCUUCUCCAUGUGUUAACGGACUGGCUCGAUAUAUAUUUGACUAUUUUUAAAGAGCUAUGAAGAGUAUUUGACAUUACUGUAACAUUUGGAAAAUGGCUGCGGAAACACCAGUGGAGGGGGGUUGUGUAUAUUUUGGCAUGAAAUAAUGGCCUUGAUCCCUUUUCACCCCUUAAAAGCAUAAUUUUAUUAGUGGUAAACUUAUCAUUGUACAAUUCCAACUUUGCUAUCUGAGCUUUGCCACUGUGUUUUUUGAGAUGGGAUCUUACGUUGUAUAUAACUGACUCAUGGAAAUAUUUCAAAUUAAUAUGAUGAAACCAA